GGGACAGUUUCCGCCAUUUUUGAAAAUUGGGAGGGUUCCGGAAUAAGUGUAGUUGCCGCCGCGGCGAUGGCAGCCUUCGCUGUGGAACCCCAGGCGCCCACGCUGGGAUCUGAACCAAUGAUGCUGGGUUCACCUACAUCUCCAAAGCCAGGAGUUAAUGCCCAGUUCUUACCUGGAUUUUUAAUGGGGGAUUUGCCAGCUCCUGUGACUCCACAACCUCGAUCAAUUAGUGGUCCUUCAGUAGGAAUAAUGGAAAUGAGAUCUCCUUUACUUGCAGGUGGGUCACCACCACAACCAGUUGUGCCUGCUCAUAAAGAUAAAAGUGGAGCUCCACCAGUUAGAAGUAUAUAUGAUGACAUUUCCAGCCCAGGACUUGGAUCAACACCUUUAACUUCAAGAAGACAGCUGAACAUUUCGGUAAUGCAGAGUCCUGUUGGAGUUACCACAGCUACUCCAGGAACAGGACAGAGUAUGUUUAGUCCAGCAAAUAUUGGUCAGCCACGAAAGACAACAUUGUCUCCUGCCCAGUUGGAUCCUUUUUAUACUCAAGGAGAUUCUCUGACUUCAGAAGAUCACCUCGAUGACACUUGGGUGACUGUGUUUGGAUUUCCUCAAGCAUCUGCUUCCUAUAUAUUAUUACAGUUUGCUCAAUAUGGAAAUAUCUUAAAACAUGUGAUGUCUAACACAGGAAAUUGGAUGCAUAUUCAUUAUCAAUCUAAACUGCAGGCCCGGAAAGCCUUAAGCAAAGAUGGGAGAAUUUUUGGAGAAUCCAUCAUGAUUGGUGUGAAGCCAUGUAUAGACAAAAGCGUUAUGGAAAACAGUGACAGAUACGCCUUGUCAUCCCCAUCUUUAGCCUUUACACCACCAAUCAAAACCUUAGGUACACCAACACAGCCUGGGAGUACUCCCAGAAUUUCUACCAUGAGACCUCUUGCUACAGCAUACAAAGCUUCUACUAGUGACUAUCAGGUUAUUUCUGACAGACAGACGCCAAAAAAAGAUGAAAGUCUUGUAUCCAAAGCAAUGGAGUACAUGUUCGGCUGGUAGUAUAAUAAGAUCUAAGAAAUCAGCUACCGAAGAGGAGGCUGCUACAUUAAAACAGAGUUAGCAGAGUACUGCCAGUUUUCUUCGGUUAGUUAUAUAACCACUCUUGGCAGUAUUGGAUAUCUAUCUCAUACUUCUUUUAGAAGCUUUUUUUUUUUUUUUUUAAAAGGAUAAGGCUAUUUGUAGCUUACACUCUAAAAGCUGCUUGAGACAUUUUGAAGAAAACUAAAAAUCCGUAUAAAUAGGAUUUUGUGCUUUCUGUGAUAGUGCAUGCUUAAGCAAAGAAACUCUGCAUUGAUCACUGAAAAUUAAAUAAUUAAACUUGUCAUGAGGUCUCUUAGUCUUCUGAGAAGGUGGAGUGAAUUUCAUGAAGGGAAACUGCAGCUGCUUCUCCCAAGACACAAAGAUUACAAAUAGAGAUUUGAAUUAUGGUCUUUUAAUUUAGAUCGUAUUUAAUAUUUUAAUUAUCUUUGUAUAUGUCCUGUCAUGGAUUGUCAUUUUUCAGUAUUCUGAAGCUGUAACAUUCUUUUAAAAACUCUACUACUAAAAUUUCUUGAUAAUAAACUUUGUCAAUGA